UACAAAUUCCAAAGAAAGUUCUACAUGGCGGAAUAUCAGAACCAAAAUAAUUCUCACACCGAAUUUGUAUUUCUUGCAUUUACUGGCCUUAAAGAACACAGGCGAUUACUGUUUAUCCCUUUCUUCCUGACACUGGUGUCUUCUCUUGUGGGCAACACCCUGCUGAUUUUCAUUAUCAAAACACAGAGAAGUUUACACUCUCCUAUGUAUGUUUUGAUAGCUGCCAUUGCGUGUGUAGAUCUUAGUGUGCCAAUAGUGUUUGUUCCUAAAAUGUUACUCGGCUUUUUAUUUGACUGGAAUGAAAUUUCUCUGUCUGGGUGUUUGGUUCAAAUGUUUUUUAUAUAUUUCAUAAGCUCUUUCCAGUCCACUAUUCUGCUCUGGAUGUCCUUGGACCGUUAUGUUGCCAUAUGUAUUCCUCUGCGCUACAAUGAUUACAUGAAUAACUCCACCAUAUUUAAACUAUUCAUGGCAGGUCUUUUGAGAAAUGGUUUGCUAAUUUUGCUUAUUGUUGUUCUAGCUAGUCCACUGAAUUUUUGCUCAUCCAAUGUUAUCAAUCACUGUUUUUGUGAGCACAUGGCUCUGGUGAACUUGGCUUGUGGCGAUACGACCAGAAACAGCCUUGUGGGAUUGAUUGCAAUCUUGUGCAUGCCAAGCAUUGACUUUGUGUUCAUUGUUCUCUCCUACAUCAAAAUAUUCUGUGUGGUUUUGAAAACAGCUUCAGGAACAUCCCACCAAAAAGCCAUCCACACAUGUGGCACACAUCUUAUAGUCAUCGGCACAUGUUAUGUCUUUACUAUGAUGCCAUUAUUGGCUUAUAGAAUUAAGAAUUCAAUUCCCACUGAUGUCCGUGUCCUGUUAAGUAUAAUGUAUCUGCUUUUUCCCAGUUUUUUUAACCCUAUCGUGUAUGGUGUCAGGACAAAAGAAAUAAAAGUACAGAUUCUGAAAAUAUUUCAACGUGGAAGACUUGCUCCAGUAACUUUUGAACUGUCAAAGUAAUGGGUUAAUGAGUGUGAUAGCUGUAGGUCUAUAAUGGUUUUAG